AUGCCGGCAUCUAUGGCUUCUGUUAGAGCGAUUAGUACAGCAGAAAUACGGGAGCUGUUUCGACUAUUUGAUACCAACAAUGACAAAUCCAUAUCGGCACAGGAGCUUGGCAAGGCAAUGAAAUUUCUAGGUAUGAGCCCUGCACAACAAGAGGUUUCAGACGCCAUGAGAGCACUUGAUGUUAACGGUAACGGCAGAAUUGAAUUUCAAGAAUUCUACUCCUUUAUGCAUGCAGAGAUGUCAAAAAUUAGUGAUGGUGACUUCACGAAUAAGGAGGAAGUUAUACGAUCAGCUUUUAGAACAUUUGACAAAGAUGGAAAUGGUUUCAUUGACGCAAAUGAAUUAAGAACGGCAAUGAAGAAACUAGGAGAAUGUUUAACCGAUAAGGAAGUUGAAGAUAUGAUGAAACAGACAGAUGUUGCCGAAGAUGGUAAAAUAAACUAUGAAGAACUUGUCAAGAUAUGGUGUGAAGCCACAUAAAUCGUCACUGUGAAAUGUUUACAAUAGCAUGGACCAAUAUUUUCCUUACUGGAUUCUGCACAAGUCUUGGUGUCUACCAAACAAAAACAGGGUUUUUGAGCGGAUCUUGGCUGUAAUAUGAGUUGCAUACGUUAAAGUACACGUUUGACAAUUUAAGCCUAAGGUAGUUUAAAACAUAUUUCAUGUUGCAUUCCUUUUUCAUUAAUCUCUGAUAUAGCUGACUGUUCUGACCGGCACUGACAAUCAACCAUUAUUGGAUUGAACAAUAUCUAUCUUUUAUAUGUUACAAGCCCCUUUGUGUUUUAUUAUAUUAGGAUGUUUCAUUGCAAUGACAAUCUUACAUUUCAUUCUUUUAUUUUUCCGAUUAAGUCUUUGUCCCGAGACAAACUCCGCCUAACUGUAGUCCUAUUUAAAAUGUCACAAUAGUUUGCUAUUUUACGGCACUCCCUUUUCAACUAAGGUAUAUUGUAUGAAAUGUAUUUCUUUCAGGAAUGUAACAUGUCCCGAGAAUGGUGUUUUUCUUGGCAUAUGUUUGGACACCUUCAUUAAAUAUUUUUAUAACUGAUACAUUCAUUACUUGGUUCGCACAAAUCACCAGGUGAUAUUAACCUAUCGAGUUUCUAUUACUCAUUACUGGUUUUGCUCAAGUGUAUUUGAAAUGUUCAUUGUAUUUAAUGUUGGAUUGUGAGCACUGUUACAGAAUAAUAAGCGAUUUUGAAUAUAUGUGUAUACAAAACACAACAUGGAUCUUGUGGGCUCACCGUUCAAAAUUAAGUGGUUUUGACUUAUCAAGUUACUAGUACUUACAUCAAUGUAAUUUCAAAUGGAUUUUAAACGUUGAGGUCCACUUGAAACAUUAUGUAGUCAACUGUUUUGCAAAUGUACAUGUCUGCUAUUAUUUAAAACACAUGUUAAAGAAAACACAUGUUGUAUAUUAAAUACAUACAUUGAUUUUUUUUCAAAGGCUAUGAAUUUUGCACCUUAUUACUAUUUAAUUAUGGUAUCAGCUUUCGUUUCAAACGUUGAAGUACAUGUUCCGGGUUUUGUAACCGAUGAUGUAAUUACUAUAUACUCUCUUGGCAUAUGGAUUUAUCGAAGAAUUUCCAUGGAAAGCGUUCGAUGUGAAUGUUUGUUAUACCAACAGCUCACAUUACUUGAUGUUCUUGUCGUUUUAGAAAUUCAAUAUUGCAUAAAAUAGUUUACACAUUUUAUUCAGACUUUAUAUUAACAAAAUACUGUACAAUUCAUAGGCGUUUUCAAUUACAAAAGCUCGAUGUUGUAUAUAUGUUACAAAUACAUACAUAUAAAUAUUAAGCUAUGAAUGAUCAUGAUGAUAAAUAUACAAUUUGUUUAUUAUAACAGGCUCGAUUUGAUUUUGGAAGAUCGGAACGCACGAGGUGCACAAGCACACAGUGUGAUCCGUUUCUGCAGAAUCUACUCGAGCCGAAUAUGAAAUCCCUGAUCUAGCUACUGUUAUAAUGAUCUUUUAAUUAAAUACCUCCGCCUCUUGUUAUUUUUAGAUAGAACAAAAUCUUAAAUGUUUGGUGAUGUUAAAAUGAAAUGAGUGAUGUUUUCGUUUGCGAUAAUGUUAUAACUGUGUCAGCACAUACAUAUUCAAUGUAAGUAGUCCAGCAAUAUACAAUACAAAAGGUGCGAUAUGGAUUUAUUUUCAGCCUGGUCAUAUUUACUUGUCAAAUACAAUCUGAAUUUUGACAGGAUUUAUGAAGGUAUAUAAUGAAUUAUUAUACCAUACCUGUUAUACCAUAUAUAUAUUUAGUAAUUCCUUUUAAUAAAAUUAAGUAAGCAUAAAUAUUAUGAAACUUUUAUUUUUAUUGGUUUUCAAAUUCACGCUGAGGCUACUUGAUGGAGUUAUAUGCUUCGUAUAAUAUUUUAGCAGUUAUUCUAACUCAGAUUUAGAUGUGUAUUUUUGUUUCGAUACUAAACAAAAGGUGAUACUAAGUUCCUUGGAAGUCACAAAAUGUCGAUGAUUAAUAGUCCAAAAAAAUGGCAUACUAUAGAGUCAUGUCUGUCUUGCAGAAGAAGAUAUUCAGUAGGAGGAAAUUCAUUUUGCAACACGUAGAUUUAGUCAUCAUUAAGGCAAAAUGUAAUGGCUGAAAAUUUCAUCUAUACAAUAUAUGCAAAUUACAUCUCAUGCGAAUAUUUGACAGGGAAUACUAACUAACCUUGAAAUAUGAUAA